AUGCGCUUCCACUCUCUUCUUGCUGUCUGGCCAACGAACGUCGAGGCUGGCACGCCGGUUACGUUAACAUGGGAGGGUGCUGUACCUGACAAGCCAGUUACCCUUACCUUACGAAAAGGACUCGCUGGUGAUUUGAAGGACGUUCAAGUGAUCACUGACGAUGCCAAAGACGGCACUUACAGCUGGACUCCAGGGACCCAAGUCAAGGCUGGUGAGGAUUAUGCCUUCCAGAUUAGCCAAGGAGAUCAGGUCAACUACUCUGAUCUCCUGAAGGCUGGUGGGGAACCUCAGUCUACGUCUGAACCCACCCAAACUGGACCUGUCACUUCCAUUUCUGCUACAUCUGCACCAACCAGUAUUGCCACAGGCACAUCUACUCUCCCAAGCCCAAUCAGUACUGGUUUCAAGUCCUGGACCAGCUCCUCAGCGACCGGAACCCCUGCCACUAGCGCCUCAUCCCCUAUUGCCAGCAGCUCCUCCUUCUCGGCUCAAGUUCCAUUUGAGACUGGUACUGCUUUGAUCAACGGCAAGGCUGCUUCUGAGACAGGAGGUAUCCAGAGUGGUGUUGCUUCUAUUCCUCAAUGCUCUCUUGGCCUUGCUGUGGCAGCUUUUGCAGCAUUUUUUUGCAUUGGAUAUUAA